CUUUUGUUUUGGAAAGCCGCUAUCAAGUGGUCGCCAUUAUUCUUCCUGGCUUGACAGUCGGGAGAAAGACGGUUAUUUACUUUAAAACGUUAUAUUGCGGUGUAAACUGCAACAUUGUCCGCCUGUUUGUGCAGUCUCUUCGUUAACUCAUGAAUUAGCUGCACCACCCUGGGCACAAAAUGGAGAAACGAUCUGACUCCGCGGGUGUUGGAGGUUCCCUUCCUCUGUCCUCCCUCCGCUUGAUGGCGUCCCCUCUGCAGCUGACGUACUCGUACAUAUGGCAGGUCAUACGGCACAGAAACGUGAAGCAGUACGGUAAAGUGGAGGAGUUUGUGACCAUGGUGACACAGACGGUUCCUGAUCUUAUAAGCUUCAAGCAGACGGCCCAGCUCGUCCUGGGGUUGAGAGCAAGGAUCAUUUUGGAUUUGCUUCACAAAGACGGACCACCAGAUUCCAGAGCUAUUCAAACUCUCAUAAAUAAGUUGAAGGUCUCAUCAUCUUUAGCGAAGGACGCAGAAGUGGAGAAAUCUCAAACAAACUUCAUGGUGCUGGUCCAGAAUCUGCUUAAAAACCCAGCUGAAAAGAAGCGCUUCUUCCAGGAAGUGUUCCCUGUUCAGUACGGCACAAAGUUUGAUACAGCGCUACAAGCUCUGACUGCAGGUCUGGUGUGCAAACUGGAGCAAGUUCUUCCUGUUCCCAAUCUCUCCCAGCUUGGGGCCAUGAUCUCAGCAAAGCCGUCUGUCCUGGAGGCAUGUGGAGGCUUCAUCCCCGACACUGGGGACCUGAAGACUCUCCUCUUGCACCAGCAGGCCAAGGGACUCCUUGGUGUUAAAGCAACCAUCUCGUCCUCGGUGGGAAACUGUGUGCUCUCUUCACUCGCCUUCCGGGCCAAACCAGUAGAACCACCACUACCACCACCAGAAUCACCAAUGCGAUUAGAGGUCACAGAAGCCAGCCCGGCCCCCCACAGUGACACUGAAGAACUGGGGGGGGUGUCCGACGACUCUGAGCGCCCAGCAGACCCAGCUACUGGACCACAGGCAAGAGGGCGACAUGUUCAUAAAUCAGCUGAUGAUAGUGCUGAAAAGGAAAAAAGUGGCACUACAGUUGCUCCGGGGGAGAAUUUGGUGCAAGAGAAAAGUGGCACACCGGAACAGCCUGCCACAACUCCACAAAGCAGAGGGGAAGCUGCAGCGCCCGAAGCAGCAGAUAAACCAGAAUCACAGCGGCCUCCCUUGAAACCGAUCCCUUUCCGGGUAGUUCAAAUGCCGAUCAAACUCGCUUCCACCUUACAGAAUGCAGGAACCAAAGACGGCCAAAAGCCUCAGACCCAGCGAGUCACAUUGCAUCAGUGGGUGUCACAGAUUGCCACCAACUCGCUCUCGCUCCCAGCCCUGCCGCCGCUUCCUCCGGCCAGGUUCAGCACCGGGGAUGACAUGAAGCCAAGCAUUAGAAGAAAAAAGCAGAUCAGGCCUCCAGCCGACCGAUUCACCUGCACUGUGUGCGAUAAGAGCUUCCCUUAUCAGUCCAAGUUAAUGGACCACGAGCGCAUUCACACCGGAGAGAAGCCUUUCGCCUGCCCAGCAUGCAACAAGAGCUUCAGAACGCAGGCGUUCCUCAACAACCACCUGAAGACCCACAGCACUGCACGCCCGUACGCGUGCGGCCAGUGCGGCAAGUGUUUUAACAAGUUGCAGAGCCUGACGAAGCACAUGCUGGCCCACAGCGGCCAAAAGCCCUUCUACUGCAACAUCUGCAACAAGGGCUUCACGCAGUCCACCUACUUCAAAAGGCACAUGGAGUGCCACACGAGCCAGAUGACGUUCCCCUGCAAGCACUGCAACAAAAGCUUCCCAACGGCUUUCAAACUGUCAAAUCACGAGCGUUGGCACACCCGAGAUCGCCCCCACAUGUGUGAGCGCUGCGGGAAGAGGUUCCUCGUCCCCAGCCUGUUGAAGCGACAUAUGGGCUACCACAUCGGCGACCGUCAGUAUCUCUGCUCCCAGUGCGGGAAGACCUUCGUCUAUUUGUCGGACCUGAAGAGGCACCAGCAAGACCACGUGCCCAAGGCGAAGAUCCCAUGCCCCGUUUGCCAAAAGAAGUUCUCCAGCAAGUACUGCCUGAGGGUUCACUUGAGGAUCCACACCAGAGAGAGACCCUACCGGUGCUCCAUAUGCGAGAAGACCUUCACUCAGGUCGGGAAUCUCAAGGUCCACAUCAGGUUACACACCAACGAGCGCCCGUUCAGCUGUGACGUGUGCGGGAAGACCUACAAGUUGGCGUCCCAUCUGAACGUCCACAAAAGGACUCACACAUGCAAGAAGCCCUGGACGUGUGAGACGUGCGGGAAGGGAUUCUCCGUCCCCGGCCUUCUGAAGAAGCACGAGCAGUUGCACUUGCGGGACGCAAACCCCGAGUUCGCCGGCAAGCGGAGACACAGGGGUAAGCACAAGAAGCACUCUCUCAAGAGGAAGUAUGAUGAGGAAGACGAGGGCAGCGAUGAUUAUUAAUCAAAGAAACACAAUGUGUGCUAAAUAAGGAUGCUUUAUAAUCAAGAUGAACUACUUCAGAUAGCUAUUGCAUAAAUGACCCUUUGGACCAUGUCACUUUCAUAGUUUUCAUGUUAUUCCAAGGAGUGUUAGCUUGUGGUGGAGAUCAGGUCACCACGAUGGUCUGGGUAGUGAAAAGACAUUUAGAAUGACGUUGGAAUAAUUUUCUGAUCACCAGUUUUAAAGACAACCCAUUUAAGUUAUAGUUUGAGUUGUGAUGGGUGGCCGGCUCAAGUCAUUGUUCGGCCAGCUGGAGCGUCUCAAGUAACCAGUGCUGUUCUUUAUAUAAUAAGGUGAUGUGACAAAAUAAGUUUCGGAAAUUAAGUUACCCUAAACUGUCACAUUUUGAGAGAUAUAAGUUCAUUUCCUAAUUAGUUUUGGAGUUGUUGCUUAUUGGUGAUCACUGUAAUUACAAGAAAAACUAUGAUAGUUUCAAAGAAAUGUUAUUUUCCAAACUGCCUGAAAGUAGCCAACAUUUAAAAUAUGUGCAUCAUGUUAACAAUACAAUAUUUCAAUGCAUGUGACUUUAGAUAAUUUGUAUAAUGUAACAACAUGUUGUAGUCUCUAGGAAACAUUUUAUCUUUGUUACUAUGUCGCUGUGGAAACUUUAGAGAUUCUAAACUACCUUUAUUACUCACUUUUUUUAAUGUAACCCUGAACUGUAAACCUUACACUCUGCUUAGUUUUGAGUGAAAAUAGGCUGAUUUGUGUUUAUUAGGAUUUUACUGUUUUUCAGCCGUAGGUGCCCACGUGUUAUUGCUGUAACGGUGUUGAAUUAACACAAGAGAAUAUGAUUUUUUACUUAGCUUGGACACAGUAAAUGUUAUGCAAAUGUCGAUGAGGUUGUGCUGUGGAUCUUAUCUUCCCCAUUACUUCUACUAUUGUGAGCUGUCAUGUAUACAAGCCAUUGAGCAAUAUACCCCUUUUUGAUGUUUUGCAGAAAAAAUAAAUAACAGCUUAUAACAAAG